AUGCUUUUUUCCAAGGUUACUGCCCAUCUCGUCCUCGCCUACUGCGCUUUCGUUAAUUCUGCGCCUAUCGAGACCCUUCCAACAAUCGCCCUUAGUCAAGUUGGUCCCAACACCACUCUUGUGCCCAUCAGUGCCUUGUCCAACAAUCCAAUUUUGGAUGAUGUUUUUGCUGCGUUGAAGGACUCUGGGUUAGCUUUUGUUGUGAUCGACACAGUACUUCUCAGUCCCCAACUUCUCAAUUUGAGUAUUGAGGGCACCAUUUUUGUGUUGAAACUGGGCUGGAUCAACUUGACCGACUUAUUCAUUGCCCUCCAGAGAUCAGGGUUAGUUAUCCAGAUUUUAAACGUCUCCCUUGAUGACCCGGAGAUUUUGCCAGGAUUAUUGAGGUUAGGAAAGUCUUUAUUGGAAGAGAACGGAAUCGACAUCUUCAAUCCCGAUGCUGGGCUUAUUCAGCCUGAAUCAGUGCCACCUCCUGCUCCCGUCUUGGCCAAGAGAGAAUCGCAGAUCUACAAUGAUCUCCUUGCUGCACUUACGGAUUCAGGGUUGGCAGUUGCUGUGGUUGAGCAUCUUCUCACCACACCCUCUUUGGCAGACCCUUCCGCUCACUUUCUUUCUGAAAUCUUGAAGUCGAAGGCCAUUUCUGUUCGUGAACUUUUGGUGGCCUUGAAGGAGUCCAAUUUGGUAUUCGAUCUCUUGAAAGAUAUUCUCCAUGACAAAGAAUUGUUGCGUAAGUUUGGUUGGUUAGUGCUUGACGGGAUCAAGAAAGGUUUGAUUCCAAGAGAGAUGUAUGAUGGUAUCAAGAGUAGGUUUGACUAA